CUAGUUAUUUCGUGAACUAUGCAAAUUUCUAUGUAAAAAUAUAAUAGUACGUGUACAGGAUGCAAUUUUGCCCUUCAAUCAUCCUAUUUUGAAUUUGUUAUUUUUUGAAUCCUUAAAAUAUUUUCCUGAAGUUGAAAAUUUCUUUAGUAGUAUUGAUCAGCAUUCAAACUGUCAAGCUGCAUGUCGCCAUUAUGAAAAGAUGAACCCUACUCCUGUAUAUAAACCUAUUUUUCGUUUUACUUCCUCCUUUCACCUUUGCUAAGCUUUGCACCUUAAUAAUUCUUUCUUUCCAAAUAUAUUUUGGUCUCUCUCUCUCUCACUAUAUAAAAUGGAAGGAGCAUCCAUGGUACGGAUUGAUAGGAAAUCAUCAAUCGAAAGUGAGCCUAUGACUUUGGAUUUUGAUCAAAUCCAAUAUGCAAGGGAGGCAGCCUUGUAUGUGUUAAAUUCAAGGACCAUAGAAGAAGCAAUGACUAUCUUCAUGAAGGGAUUAGAGCCAGUUGUCAGUACUGCAAGACAUAAUGAAAAUACAAUGAUAGACACAGAAGAUGAAGAGCUCGAGUAUACAGAAGACCAACCAAGAUUACCAGUGCCGAGGGAUAUAGCAUCAGCACCUUUCUAGUACUCUGCAAAUUUCUAUGUAAAAAUAUAAUAGUACGUGUACAGGAUGUAAUUUUGCACUUCAAUCAUCCUAUUUUGAAUUUGUUAUUUUUUGAAUCCUUAAAAUAUUUUCCUGGAGUUGAAAAUUUCUUUAGUAGUAUUGAUCAGCAUUCAAACUGUCGGGCUGCAUGUAGCCAUUAUGAAAAGAUGAAUUUUUGGCUAAUGACUAAUAACAAUCUAAUUUAGGUUGCGUUUGGAUC